UGUUAUGAAAUAAUUUGUAUUGUUUUGUUUCCAAGUCCUAAUGAAGAAACUGUGUUAUCAACAAUCACAACACUCAUGUACCUUACUACACCUGAAUCAAAGAAAGAGAUUACAGCUUUGCCUAUUGUAGAAUGUAUGCUGAGGUUUUCUGAGGCUAAUAACAAGAGACUAAGUAAUCUUGCCAAGGUUUUUCUCAAGGAUUAUUGCUCAGUUAGUCAGCUGGAUGCAGCGAAACAGAUACAACAGCAGAUGUCAGGUUUAAGUCAGUCAAGUGAGGACACUUGAUGAAACAGCCAAGCAUGUUCAACAUCAGAUGUUAGGUCUUUCUCAGUCUAGCAAGGACAUGUGAAGAAACAGCAGUUCCAUGUCAGUGCAAUGAUGACCCCUGUUAAAAAUUCCAAGCCUGCACAGCAUCAGUUAGCAGCUUAAAGUCAAUCUACUGAAGACACCAGAUGAAAAAGCCAAAUAUGACCAACAACAUACAUUAGUUGUCAGGUCAGCGUCAGUCUUGUGAUGAAACGGCCAAACAUAUACAACAUGAGUUGUUGGGUCAGAGUCAGGCUAGUGAGGACAGGUGAU